AUGAGAAAACACCGCUCGAAUGGGAGCUGGUGGAUUUUCCCUAUACUUGAAGCGGAGCAAGCAGCAGAAAGCCAAUUCACCCGCGCCGCUUCCUCUGUCCCCUACUGCUAUCUUGCCCUGGUAGUACGUUUGCUGUUCACAAUCCCACUCAUUACUCGAGGCUCUUUCGCAACAAACACCACCACCGUUCAAGACAGCGACACAUUCUUGGGCAUUGCCUACAGUGCUGGGAUCUCCGUGGAAUCCCUCGAAGCCGCAAACCCCGGUGUGAUCGCCACUGAUCUGUUCGUCGGUCAAAUACUCACCGUUCCCGUCAAUGGACAACCCGCUACUGAUACGCCCGCGUCUAAUGCAGCAUCAUCGAUAGCGACAGCUCCGACUUUGACAACAUUGGCCACUUCUGCUAGCUCUCCAGUGAGUUCCAACCCUUUGCUAAGCGGCUCACUGUCGGCGACCCUAUCAGUAUCCCCAAGCGCUUCGUCCACAGCGGCUUCUUCUUCAACUCCCACAGGUGCCUCAUCCACGACGACCUCACCGACUUCCACGAAUGUCUCAUCCACAGUGCCAUCCACUUCGUCCUCGGUGGCUUCAUCCACGACUUCCACAACAAGUUCGCCCUCAUCGACUCCUCCAGCAACUUCCACAAGUUCCCCUCCACCCCCAUCGUCUGCCCCACCAACGAGUACAACAGCAUCGAGCACUCCUAACAGUCCGCCCGCCCCUGUUAGCUGCAGGCCGAGUCCCACAGGCAGUUACCAUGACGCUACUCAGGUCCAACAAAAAACCGACGGCUUUUGCAGCGCCAACAAGAAUGUGCUACUGACGGUGAUCCAGAGCGAUAACGGAAUUUUGGACGGAAGCAGCCAAGGAAACAAUCACAACCAGGGUUCAACACUUGACGAAAGUGGAUAUAACAUGACAGUCACUGCGACACCCGGUUGCUCCAUUGACAAUGCUACCGUCAUGUACCCUCUACCUACAACGCCCGAUUUCAAUUGCACUACGCUCCUUUACAAUGCUUGGGAGACAUGUUACUCUAAUGACGGUAUGGGAGGGAGUAUCACUGCUGGGUGCUUGACAUACAAUUUCGAUCCUGACCCAUGA